UACUCCUGACUGGUUCGACUCUCUGUCUCAUCCUCCUUUCCCCUCUCUCUAUCUUUUUCUCUCACUCCCCCCACCCCCCACCCCCCCGCCCUUGCCCCUUGGGUUUUCGCCUGACGACGCUGCUCUCUCGGGCAUUUCGCCGGAAACCGACGCCGCGCGAGGACAUCUGAGUUUUCGUUACGUGUACACACGCACCGUUCCAUCUUUUUCCACCGUUUUGUAAGCGGACACGCAGGCAUCUUGCCCAACGAGCACGUAUCCACAAUGAGCACUAAGGAAAACAACGAGGUCGCUGUCGAGAAGGUGACCGAAAACGAUAAGGCUUCCGGGGACGCGAAGUGUGAGAUCAAAGGAAUCAAGAGGCCGGCCGAGGAAAAGAAUGACGAACCAAAAAAACAGAAGAAGGAAGAAAACGGCGACGGAGAAGUGGAAGAGGAGGAAAUAGAAGAGGAAGAGGUAGAAGAUGAAGAUGAAGUCGACGGCGAUGGCGAAGAGGACGACGAGGAAGACGAAAUGCCAGAAUGCGAGGAAGAUUUAGAAGAGGGCGAAGAUGAAGAGGAGGAUGACGUAGAAGGUGAAUUAGAAGGAGAAGUAGAGGACGAAGAGGAAGACGCAUAAUGAAAAAAGGGAAGGAGGUAUGUAAGUACGAAGGGAGGAGGUAGGCACAUGGAGUCGCCGUCGUCGAUCUUCGGCAGUCUUCUCAGCAAACGCUUACUCUCAUAUUGAGUGGUUGGUAGCAAUGUUGAUAUCCAUCGUGCCCUAUACCGUAUUGCUGGAACCUCCCGACCUACAAAAUAAAAAUUACCACCUCACCAGAGUUGUGGUGGGCUGACACGCAUUAGAGGGCAUCCGCGAUUCUACUGUCUUGGCUCUUUGCAAUUCUGGUCGUCUAGCCAUCACCAAAUACUUUGUUAGGUAGUUUGAAUUGAAAACCAUAUAUUCGUCGUGAGAACGUCGAUUUAAUAUCUCAUGUAUAUCUGAUUGGCAACCGUGCUCUCGAUACAUCGUCAACGAUCCCAAGCCGAAUUUAUCGGUUUUAUCCAAACCACCUACUAAUUGGUAUUUGCCGUCAUCUGGCUUUCUCCGCGGGACAGUUUUAUAAAGGAAACUUAUUUAAGAUAUGAAAAGCUCUAUUGUAUUUAAAUAGUGUAAAAUGAACAUUUGUGGGUGAUUUUUUUACAUUUGAAAUCAAAUUUAUGUUUGUAGUUCGACGAAUGUCUCUCACCUUGUGCGCGUGAUUGAUUUUCCUUUUCUCGAUCUGUAUGUGUAUUUGCAACGACAUUGCAGGAGCGCGGGCGGCUCAAUUUUUUCCCUAUUUUGUUCGAUUACCUACUUCUUUACUUGUAUAAAACGAGUAGACAAGUAUGUAUUUAAAACAAAAAUAGACAAAGUCGAACGGGCAUGUCUCGUUAUUCGAUAUACACUGAAAGAGAAUUUUAAACAGAGUCUAAAAACUGCUGCGUACUCCUGUUCGAUUUAAGAAAAGGUAAAGAAAAACAGGAAUUAAGGUUAAUGCAACGCUCGCGCCGGGUAGUGUGGAUGUGUAAUGUGUGACUUUAACAUUGCAUAAUAAUUAUACAUAGCAUGUAUAAAGUUAUGGAAUAAGAAACAUUUUAUUAUUAACGAUAAUAUUAUGUAACGUAAUGUAAUGUGGACAAGUGUUACACUUUAGGCUUAGGGCACAGAAUAGGGAGAGAAUGUUUAUUUUACGAGGUGCAAAUACCGCAGAUUAAUGUUUUAUUUCUCUAAAAACAACUAUAUUCCAUUUGUACACAGCAUAAGUUUGUGUAGUUACGUAACAACUUUAAGAGACAAGUCGCGUGGCAAAUUUAAAAAAUCGUUGACAAUGAUGCAAAGUAACCGUCGAUCUCGAAAUCGAUGUGUACUCUCCCUAUUCGACUGCUCUUAUUCGAGCGUAAUUAAUUUGUAUUGUACGUAUCGUGGUUUUAUUUUGACUUCAUUGUCAUGGACUGUUCAUAGCAAUGAUUCGUUGGCUGUCGCAGAACGAGUGACAGUAUUCUGUACUAUGACAGUUGCCGUUGUGCAUGGUGAUCAGUGUCUUAUCAAUGACCAUAUAGCUGUGGAAAUUACCAAUGGUAUCAUAUAAUUUUUUAAUGAGUUUAAAUGCAAUUCACUGUUUACCAAACGAUGAAAAAGAUGCUCUUUGUGCUAGGGUCGGUGGAUCGUUGCAAAUGGAACGUCCAUGUUGCCACUUAUUUCGGGGAGACUGGUAGACAAGAAAGGGUGAAGAGACAUUGCGGUUACGAUACCAUUGUACCAUAGCUGCAUAAUAAAUAAAAGUAACGAUAAUUUGAAUGCGA